UAGGUUGCCAGAAACCACUAAAAAAAACAAUAAUUAAUUAGGUAAUUCCAUUGAUUUUUCUUCGCACCCAUCCUCCCAUGAAAAUAAAAUAAUAAUUAAAAUUAAAAUUAAAUAAGAAAAUUAAUACAGGCAGCUAAAAUUCAUUGGGAAAAUGACCUGUAUUCACGUGGUCAAGGAACAGAGCUCCAUAACGUACUUGAUCAUGCACUUGUAAGCAAAAAUAAAUAAAACCUCAAUGGCGCAAAAGCAACAAAAAUCUAACAGAAAAAGCAAAUGGGUAUCGUAGAAGAAGCUCACAACGUGAAGGUUUUGGGAUCGGGCGAUCAAGUGAUCGUGUUAUCUCAUGGGUUCGGGUCUGAUCAGUCGAUCUGGAGGUACCUGGUUCCCCACUUGGUUGAAGAUUAUCGUGUGAUUUUAUACGACAACAUGGGCGCCGGAACUACGAAUCCUGAGUAUUUUGACUUCGAGAGGUACUCGACGAUUGAAGGUUUUGUUUAUGAUUUGCUUGCUAUAUUGGAAGAAUUGCAGGUGAAGUCAUGCAUCUUUAUUGGUCACUCCGCUUUGAGCAUGGUUGGUGCAAUUGCUUCUAUUUCUCGCCCUGAUCUUUUCUCUAAACUCAUCAUGCUUUCUGCCACUCCGAGGCUACUAAAUGAUGAGGACUACCAAGGAGGAAUGGAGAUACAAGACGUUGAGCAAAUAUUCGAAGGAAUGAGGUCCAAUUACGAAGCAUGGUGCCAAGGGUUCGCACCACUAGUGGUGGGUGGAGACAUGGACUCGGUAGUGGUGCAAGAAUUCUCCCGAACUCUCUUCAAUAUGAGACCAGACAUAGCACUAAGCUUAGCCCAGGUUAUAUUUCCAACCGACCUUAGGCAUUUUCUUCCCUUGGUGACCACCCCUUGCCACAUCCUCCAGAGUAUCAAGGACAUGGCUGUGCCAGUGUUUGUUUCUGAAUAUUUACAUCAAAAUCUUGGUAGCCAAUCCAUCGUUGAGAUCAUGCCGACCGGCGGUCACUUGCCACAGUUGAGCUCACCAGAAAUCGUAAUUCCGGUUAUUCUCAGGCAUCUUCACCUUGAUAUAACCGAGUGACCUGCAUCGUGGGUAUCAAGUUUAUGAGGAUGUUUCUUCUUCUCUUUAUCCCCAAGUUUUGGUCUGUGAAAGGUCAUAAUAUUUUUGACAAAAAAAAAAAAAGGCUUAGUGGCAAAGGCACACCCUUUCAGCUGUAUGAGGUUGCGAGCUCAAUAAUUUUAGUUGUUAUCUUACGAUUAUGGUAGCUAGAAGAAAUAAAUGUGGCUACAGUUGAAAUGCAGUUCAUAUCCAGAAUAAAUUUGAAUAAAAAUUUUGGAUUUUGGUUAUUAAC